CAGUGUGAGGCUUAUGAGUGCGUAGAGAAGGCAAGCUGCUAGCGUUUGAUGCUGAUUUGGCUGAUUUUGAUUGUUCCUAAUCAUCUACGUGCCGAUCAGCCCUUCCUUGUUAACGCCUUCUGUGACUUUCUACAGUGGAGCGCACAAGGUCCUUCUUCAACUGAGAACGUGGAUGUGGGUUAUUAACCCCCCACCGGAUUGGCGUAUCGCACGACAACAUCAACCUCAACGCCAUAUAGGAUCACUGAUGAGCACGUGAUAGUCACCAUAUCAGACGCCCCGGCUCGCCUAUUACGAGCUGAUCGGGCGGCUGUGAUUUAGAAUCAUGGCAUCACUCUGCACUUCAAGCCCUAGACUCUGGGCCACGGGGUCUCUGUCCCGACCCGUCCGCCGCGGCGCCCCCCUCUUCCGGAGGGCCACGGCGGCGUCCGUUCCCCUAUCGGCGACAGCAAUACCCACGUGCCUCGCCCGCAGCUCGAGCAAUGCCGCCGAGGCAGUCCCAAACUUUGCCGACAUCCUGUCCCGGCCGACAUGGUCCGUCAAGUCCCUGCUGUCGCCAGAGACAGAAACGGAAACGCCACCAGACGCCGCCGCCGCCGCCGCCGCCUCCGACGCCACGGCGAUAACCCGGACCCAGCUCCACCACCUCUUCCGCCUCUCCGCCCUCCCGGCCCCGGCCGCGGGCGAGGACGAGGCCGAGACGGUCCGGACGCUGCGCGCGCAGCUGCGCUUCGUCCGCGACGUCCAGGCCGUCGACACGGCCGGCGUCGCCCCGCUGCGGUCCAUCCGCGACGAGACGGCCGCCGGCCGCCGGGAGCAGGCCAUCGGGCUCGAGCAGCUAGGCGGCGAGCUGGAGCUAGAGCGCCCCUUUGGCCGCAGCGGGAGGCCGAGGAGGAGGACGGCGCAGGUCGCCGCCGCCACGCACGAGCCCUGGGACGUCCUGCAGACGGCCCCGCGCAGGGCCGGCAACUACUUUAUUGUCAAAAGCCGCUAGGAGGCCUAGUAGAUCCCUAAUCAAACCUUCGCUAGAUUGUUCAUCCACGUUCCGUUCCGAUGCUAGAAAGGCAAAACUUCAAAUCUCUAGUGGCUCUCUAGCGAUGUAGUGUGCUAUAUGGAAGUCUGAGAUGCGCGA